CUUCAACAAAUCUAAAACAAUGGAGCGAUAACAUAAAUGAACCAAAACUUCAUUCAGUCUUAACCAGAACGAGGUUCUUCCUUAUAUUGCACCAGCCUAAUUGACUUCUGUUCGAUUAUUUCGAAUCGACCAUCAAGAUGGGACGCCGCUCUUCAGCUGUGGUCACUGGAAUUGCUAGGGACGACUCGGAUGAUGAGCUUGGCAUUGAUGACCACCCUUGGGAGUGGAUCUACCCGCAAUCAGAACCCUCUGACUCGACAACCAAGAGAAAGAGGAAUUCCCAACAUGAUAUCAUCGGCGCCCGCAUGGGGACCUUUGAAUGCUACGUCGGCGACUGCGUUCUCUUAAAGGCGGAGGAGUCCUCUAAUGAGGCAUGGGUUGCUAUAAUUGCUGAAUUCCGUGAAGAGGAUGAAGAUGGCGACAAGGCUGCCAAUUUCUUAUGGUUUUCCACCGAGAAGGAAAUACGGAAAAGUGAUCGGAAAAGGACCGAUUUUCUCCCGAAUGAACUGUAUAUUACGCCAUCUUGUGAUGUUAAUCCGUUGGCGUCUAUCAAUGGCAAGGCCAUUGUCUUGUCCCAUGAAAAGUUCCUACAGAAGUAUCCCAGUGGCAAGGUUCCCCGUAACUCACUAGGUCACAAGAAGACCUUCGUCUGCAGGAGAGGAUGCAACACAAGGACUUCAACUUAUACGGAUGAAUUCUUAUGGGAAGAUGUCUACUCGGGAAAGGGGGAAGAUAUAGACGACCUGAGAGAAUUAGUUGAGAAAGGAACUAAGUCGACACGGAAGCGAAAGAAUCGCGAAAUCUCGAAAGUGGAAGCGGAUUAUGUUGCCAUCCAACCAGAACAUGAUGAUGAUGAUAAUUCCGAUGGUGCUGCUCCUCGUGCAGUAAGUACGCCGAGGAAAAAACAGAAAACAACGCGCGUUGUGACACCCUCCAAUCGCAAGGUUAUAGUGAAGAAGGCGUUGGAAUUCACACCUCUUGCCACCCGCAUACUCUCCCCAAGUCAUCAUCAAUCCUCCCCCUUCCAGAUCGCAAGAGCUCAGUUACAUGUCGCUUCAGUACCCUCAAGUUUACCUUGUCGAGAAUCGGAGUUUUCCUUGGUAUAUUCACAUCUCGAAGCGGCUAUCACUGAUGGGUCCGGUGCUUGUAUAUACAUAUCUGGCACGCCUGGAACCGGGAAAACGGCAACGGUGCGAGAGGUAGUGUCGAAACUAGACGAGGCAGUACGAUCCGACGAGCUAGACGAUUUCAUCUUUGUCGAAAUCAACGGCAUGAAGAUAACCGACCCACACCAAUCAUAUUCUCUACUAUGGGAGGCCUUAAAAGGGCAAAGGGUUAGCCCAAGCCAAGCAUUGGACCUCCUAGAGCGCGAGUUUAACCACCCCAGCCCUCGACGAGUUCCUUGUGUUGUCUUGAUGGACGAGCUCGACCAACUCGUUACCAAGAACCAGAGUGUCAUGUACAACUUUUUCAAUUGGCCUGGGCUUAGGCAUUCCAGGCUUAUUGUUUUGGCGGUUGCUAACACGAUGGACUUGCCGGAAAGAACACUUAGCAAUAAGAUCAGCAGUCGUCUGGGAUUAACGCGUAUCACCUUCCCAGGUUAUAAUCACGAACAACUUAUGAAGAUCAUCCAAUCGCGACUCGAGGGUGUACCCGGAAAUAUUGUCGAGUCAGACGCCGUUCAAUUCGCCAGUCGGAAAGUUGCAGCUGUAAGCGGUGAUGCGCGACGUGCUCUCGAUAUCUGUCGUCGAGCUGUCGAGUUAGCAGAAGCCGAUGUCAAGGCCGGGGAUCCAGAUCCGUCAACCCCGAGCAAGAGAGCGAAAGCGAAGACAGGUGAAGCAGAUAAAGCGAAAAGCUCUAGAGGGAAGGUUACGAUCGCAACAGUAAAGCGGGCCAUCAACGAAGCGACUACGAGUCCGCUGCAACAGUACUUGCGCGCACUUCCGUUCGCUUCCAAAUUGGUCCUUACAUCACUACUCGUGAGGAACGAGCGAACAGGUCUACCCGACAGCACAUACGGCGAUGUGAUGGAGGAAAUGAACCGCGCACUCGUAUUAGAUGCAGGAAGUCGACGAGUAAACUUACUCAAGCACGGCGCAAAUCAAGAUUCUAGUGCAGACAUCAGCACACGAAGAGGCAAAUCCAAACCCGUCAGACCGGCGGGGAUUAGUACUGCCGCGGUUGAUUUGACCGGUGCUGGAAUUAUCGUAUUAGAGGGACAGCGAGCCGAGAGACCAAGUAAGAUCAGACUUGCGGUGGGGGAUGAAGAGAUAAAGCUUGCAUUCCGAGAUGACCCUGAAAUUAGGGCGUUGGGUAUAGCAUUCUAGUGUACAGCAUAUAGUGCUAAAAUCAAGAUUCCCCCUUUGCCAUUUAUCAUCCUUUUAGACGUAGCG